AAGGUGAUCUGGUUUGCCUUGCUUCUCCUAUGAGUCAGCUUUAGAGAAAUUGAAUUUCUGGAGAUUUUGUUAAACUAUACUGCCAUUUAAAACCUUGGAUAGAUCCUAUGAUCUGUGGAUUUGUCUACUGUCGCCUUAUACCAGUGGUGACCAACUGUCCCAUACAGACGAGCGCCAUGGAUGGUGAGGUUUAUCAGCACCAACAACAGCACCAGCUUUUUGGAGGAGCAUUUUCUGCCUUCCUCCCACCGGGAAGCCUCGAUGUCAGUGAGAUGCGCCAGGUCCCGGACAACCAAGAAGUCUUUGCUCAUCCCAACACAGACCAGAGCGUCAUCGUAGAACUGCUGGAGUAUCAGGCGGGUGUGCCGGAUGAGAAUGCUGCCAAGUACCACUUUGAGGACAUGGCUGAUUCUUCGGCCACCACAGAGAUUCUGAGCCAAGAGCCACUCUCGGUUCAUCUCCUGGUCCUUGAAGGCUGCAGCAGCGCUUGGCAUCUUACCGCCAGACAGCUGGUAGCAAAGUUCAAUGAGGAGGCCAAAAACGAGGUGACCGUGUAUUUAGCGCUACUGCGGCUUCCGCAGUAUGGAACAGACGUGCUUCUCAGCUUCAAUGAUCCCACGUGGAUUAACCCUCUCAGCAGCAGUGCGGCCCAAGGUGCCGAGAUCCCUCUUCUUUCUUCUCAGCCUCCAUGGACGGUGGAACAUUUCCAGACCUUUGUACGCAGCCUGCGACUCCUUGAUCCUGGUAUCUUUGGCUAGGGCAUCUCCAUACGACUGGGGUUCCUGGCCACCCAAACCUCAUUCCUUCUGUACUGCAAAUGUAGUAAGAGUCUUUGGACAGGACCCACGGAAGACUGGCUGAACAUCCGCCGCUUUGGCUCCCCCUGCCAGGCAUCUUUUCCCAAAAUGGAAAAGGGCAAGAAACACGAGAUGCCAAAGGACUUUCUGCCAGGAGAGAGCGGUUUUAAGGCACCCUCCAACUCCAAAGGUGGUUUUAAGCCUCCCCUUGUGGAUAAUGAGCUGCCUGGCUUCCGUU